GACUACCUCAUGAAGUAUCCGGGCGAGCUGCUGACGCCCGCCAACACUCCGUCCGUCGAGUUUUUGUCCUUGAUCCGUCAGCACCAAGAGUCUGGCCAGUCCGUUUGGAUUCCCUGGCGCCAACGCACCUCUGAAGCUGAUUUUUUGCAUUGGGAGGAAUCCCGCCGCCCCAGAUGCGAUCGCCAAAUGCUUCGUUCUCUUCUGGACUUGCCGGAUGAAGCUGCUGGGCCGACCUUUGGUUUUAGCAUCAACGGCCCCUCCGAGUCUGUUCUCCGUCGCUGUCUGGAUCUCUUCGCCACUGCCUUGGCCUUGUUGGACCUGGUUCACUUAGCCACCAUUAAGCGGUUCAACGAUAAGUUCUUUACUAUGGCCACCACUCCGCCGUCGGACAACACCCUCCGUGCCCCUGUUCUGCAGGAGGUGGUCCACGCUGACCGCGCGGUCUGGAUGACGGUCUCCGCUCUUGUCCGUGACCAGGCCUGGUCUCUUACCGACAGCCUGAAUGAAGUUGGUUUUUGCCGCCACGACAUGGCCCCACUGCUGCAACCCCGUCCGAAGCCGGCCCGUGCGCCUCAGCUGCCGUCCGGCCCCGCUUCUCCCGGCAAGCCUAACCUGCGCAAGCGCACCAACCCGGACGGGCAGCACCCUGUGCCUCCCUCCGGUGCCGAUGCGGCCAUCCCCAAGGCUGCACCUAAAGGCAAGGCCAAAGCCAAAGGCAAGGCUGCUCCUUCCAAACCCGGUCCGAUCCCCGGCUUCGACCCAUCCUGGGCGCGCGUCGUGGACGGCGCUGACGUGUGCAUGAAACACGCUAUUGGCAAGUGCGCGAACCCCAACUGCAAGUAUGCGCACGUGUGUCCGGUCAGCAAGCCGUGCGGUCAGCCCCACACGGCCCUCGAGCAUGCGGCCGCCCCGCAUUGA